AUAUAUUCCAAGAGAAUUUGUUCUCUGCUUUUCCAAAGAGCAAUUCACACUAUAAGAACCAUACCAUUACCAUCUCAAACAUCAUUCACACUAUAAGAACCAUAUUAUUACCAUCUCAAACAUCAUUCAUCACAAUUCUAAUUCCUUGAAUUUUUUUUAUCCCCAAUGACUAGUUGCAGGCAGCUUGAAGUUCGAUCAGAAGAUCGAAAUCCACAGAAAUGGUGUGUUCCAAUGACAGAAGGUGUGUUUGAAACCUUGAUGUCCACAAGUAGUCCAACACAGCAUACAGUUUUUGGUGAUGGCUCGCUCUUCAGUCCAUUGUUGUUCGGAAAAUUCUUUGAUCCAUCUGAUGCCUUCCCACUAUGGGAGUUUGAGUCUGAUGUAUUAUUAUCGAAACUCCGGAGCGCCAGUCAGAGCACUGUUGAUUGGUUUCUAACCGAUGCUGAUUAUGUUCUAAAAGCAGAACUACCAGGAAUUGGGAAAAGUAGUGUUCAAGUCUAUGUUGAACAAGGGAAGGUUGUGGAGAUAAGUGGGCAAUGGAAGAACCAAAAAGAACCCAAGACAAGGGACUGGCGAAGUGGCCACUGGUGGGAAUACGGGUAUGUUCGGAGGCUUGAAUUGCCAGAAAAUGCAGAUUGGAGGAAAAUCGAGGCAUAUGUGAACAAUGACACUGUUUUAGAGAUUAGAAUUCCCAAGAAGUGUUUGGAUUGUGAUAAUGCUCAAGGAAGUGAUGAGGCAACAAAAGAUUUUGAAUCCAUUUGAUAUUAAUAUACAGUCACCGUAUUAUGUUUAUGACGACAUAAUAUAUGUGUGAUUCAAGUACAUGAAAUAGUUGCCGAAGUAUAUGCUAUUGAUCAAAAUGCAUCAAAGAAAAAGACAAAACACAACAUGUGAAAAUAAUCAAACUGUUUCUAUUAACACAAGCUAUUGAUCAAACGAUCCAUGUUUCUAGCCAA